ACUCAUUGCAGGGAUAUAAUGGGCCUGAACUCCGUGGACUUGCACCGGCGAUCCACAUUGGUAAGACAACGACGACGAUGCUGUUCGCAUAAUCCUGCGCUGCCUUCAUUACGAAAGCGCAAAGCCGUGGAAGUAAGACGAAAUAUUUGUGUAUAACAGAAAUCGCAUCGCGCCGUUACAGCAAUGGACCAUCACGCUCAAUCCAAUAGCAGCUCCUACUCCUGCAAGCCUCUACACCACCAGAUCUCCCCUUGAUACACCAACAGCCAUGGCUCUCACAACUCUCGUCACCACCGCUCUCCUGUGGCCCUUUGACAUCUCGUCCGCCGCCAUCCAAGCGCCAAAGGCCCCCGUCUUCAGGGAACUAGGCUCUCUCCCGGCACCGGGCUUCUUUGAGAACAUAGCCAUCCGCCCCUCCACGUCCUCCCUCCUCGCCACGCGACUCACCGGCGGCCCAGAGGUGUACAUUGUCAAGGACCCGGCGUCCUCCACGCCCGACUUCUCUCUCCUCGCCACCGUGCCCGACUUGGACGUCCUCCUCGGCAUCGACCAGCUCAUCCCCGACGAGGAGGCCUGCGCGGGCGAGGAGCGUGUCUACGUCGUCGUCGGCGGCAAGACCCCCACCGGAAGCCCCUUUGACAUGGUCGUUGGCUCCGCCGCCCUUUACACUGUCACGUUCCCCCACCUGGACAAUGACGAGGACGUCGAGGUCGCGCAUCUCAGCGCCCUCUCGGCGGACACCGGCCUGGUGAACGGUCUUGUCGCCGUGCCCGGUGGCGUCCUGAUCGCCGACUCGCUUCGCAGCCGGGUCUCCUUCUACAACGUGACGGACAACAGCUUCACCGAAUCCGCCUACGAGUAUCCAGAGAUGACCGCGCCCGAGGGCGCCGCCAUGUUUGGCAUUAAUGGCGUGCAGAUCCGGGAUAACCAUCUGUACUGGUCCAACACCGCCCUCUCGAGCAUCUACCGCAUCGCCCUGGACGACAACAAGAAGGAGGGAUGCGACGUCAGGCCGGAACUCGUCUUCAACGCCUCGAGCAUUGCCUCUGCCGUGGAUGACUUCAAUUUUGACAUUUAUGGCAACAUUUAUGCCGCCACUCACUUUGACGGCACCAUCGUCUACAGUGACGCGCAGACGGGGGAGAUGAAGGUUGUUGCCGGUGGGAUCGGAGAAUGGGACCUCGCUGGCUGCACGGCGUUGGAGUUCGGAAAGGGUGAGUAUGACCAGGACACCCUCUACGUCACAACCAACUCGGCGACAUUUGGAAACGAGACGCGGGGCGGGAGGAUCGUCGCGGUCGACUUUUGAUUAGUCUAGCCUGGGCGCAGUAGUAGAGACGAGAAGGAGAGACACCCUGCUGUAUAGUAGUAGCCCGCCCA